AAGAGCUGAAGUUAAAACAGGAACUCAGAGCAGACACAGACCCUAAGCUGUCACUGGCAGCAGGUGCCUGAGCAAAAAGCAGCAAGUCUGCCAGCAGGAACUGGUGAGCCUUUAAAGAUGUGGAAAGCAGUUGUGGGACACAAUGUGUCAGUGAAAGUGGAGGCUCAGGGAGACGACUGGGACACGGACCCUGAUUUCGUGAACGACAUCUCCGAGCGGGAGCAGCGCUGGGGAGCAAAAACCAUCGAGGGCUCCGGCCAUGCCGGGCACAUCGACAUCCAUCAGCUGAGGAACAAGGUAUCAGAGGAACAUGAGGUCAUCAAGAAGAAGGAGCUGGAGACUGGCCCCAAGGCAUCCUAUGGCUAUGGGGGCAAAUUUGGAACAGAACGAGACCGAAUGGAUAAGUGCGCGGUAGGGCACGAGUACGUUGCUGAUGUUGGGAAGCACUCCUCGCAGACAGAUGCAGCCCAGGGGUUUGGUGGCAAGUUUGGAGUCCAGCGGGACCGAGCUGACAAGUCAGCACUGGGCUUUGAAUACAAGGGUGAGGUGGAGAAACACUCGUCCCAGAAAGAUUACUCCAAGGGCUUUGGUGGCCGUUACGGAGUGGAAAGGGAUAAGGUGGACAAAGCAGCUGUGGGAUUUGACUACAAGAGCCAGGCAGAGAAGCACGACUCUCAGAAAGACUAUUCUGUGGGCUUUGGUGGGAAGUUUGGGGUCCAGAGGGAUCGUCAGGACAAGAAUGCCCUUGGCUGGGACCAUCAGGAAGAAGUGCAGCCCCAUGCAUCCCAGAGAGACUAUGCCAAGGGGUUUGGAGGCCGUUAUGGGGUCCAGAAGGAUAGAGUGGAUAAGAGUGCUGCUGGCUUUGAUGAGAUGGCAGCUCCCACCUCCUCCUAUGAGAAAACAAGACCCCUGGAGGCAGGAGCCUCCAGUGGCACCAGCAGCCUGCGGUCACGGUUUGAGCACUUGGCCAAGUCGGCAGAGGAGGAGAGCAGGAGGCAGGCAGAGGAGGAGCGGGUCAGGCGGCAAGCCCGGGAGCAGCACCUGGCUCGGCAGCAGGAAAUCCCUCCCAGAGAGAAGGAGCACACUGGGACUGGGGCAGCCCCUCCAGCCGUGCCGGCAGGGGUACCCAAGGCUGCUGCUGGGGACCAGCACGUGUCACCAGCAGAAAAGGAGGCCAAAAGGGAGGAUGAAGAAGUACCACCCACUUUGCCACCAAGGCCAGCAGAUCUGGAUGCAGAGCUGUGCAAGGUCCCCAGCCAGGGUCAGCCCAUCUACAAUGUAAGUUUGGAUGUUGGUGGAGACUAUGAGGAGCUGCCAGAGCCCUCAGACUACUGUGACAGCACCAGUGGAGGUGCUGACUAUGAGGAGCUGCCAGCCCCGCUGGAAAAGCUGGAUGCCACCUAUGACUUUGGAGGAGAUGGAGGUGAAGACUAUGAGGUGAUCCUUCCUCAGGAGCCCAGACAGAGCCAUCCCCACCUGGGGAACACAGACAGUGCUGCUGAGGGGCAGAGCCCCGGGAUCUGCGCAGUGGCUCUCUAUGAUUACCAAGGAGAUGGAGAUGAUGAGAUUUCUUUUGAUCCUGAUGACACAAUCACACACAUUGAGAUGGUGGAUGAAGGCUGGUGGCGGGGACAGUGCCAUGGCAGAGUCGGCCUCUUCCCAGCAAAUUAUGUGAAGCUUCUGCAGUGAGAUGAGCACAGUGCAAGCUGCUUCCUCCCAACUUUUGCCUCUGGCGUGGUUUAACAUUGGCCAAAUGCCAGACACCCACAAAAGUCACUCAUUCACCAUUCUCUACCACAGCUUGGCAGAGGAGAGAAAAAUUUAAUGAAGGUUUUAUGACCUGAGAUGAGGACAGGGAGAAAACACUCCAAGGGCAAAAUAGGUUUGACUUAGAGGUACAAAGUGAAUUCAUUACUAACAGAGUCAGAGGAGAAUAAUGAGAAAUAAAAUAAGCCCUUAAAACACCUUUUUUCCCCCCAACUCCUCCCUCCUUCCCACCAACAGUGCAUGGGAGUUUUGGUCAUUUCAUCACUGAGAUUUUCUUCCACUGCUCUGGGAGAGCAGUCUUUUCCCUGUGAGACCGUGAGGUCCCUCCCAUGGGAGAAGUUCUCUGAACUUCUCUGACAGAGGUCCACUCUCAUGAGCAGCAGUCCUCCCAAAACUGCUGCAGCGUGGGUCACGGUUCCACGGGGUGCAGUCCUCCAAGGCCAGGCUGCUCCAGCCUGGGAGCAGGGCUCUCUCUCCACAGGGUCUCCCACUGGAUCACAGCCUCCUCCAGGCAUCCACUGCUCUGGCAUGGGCGCCUCCCCAUGGAUUGUGGGCGGAUCUCUGCAUCCCCCGUGGAUCCCCGUGGGCUGCAGGGGCACAGCUGCUUCACCAUGGUCUCACCACGGCUGCAGAGCAAUCUCAGCCCUGGAGCAGCUGGGCCAAUCUGGGCCCUGGAGCAGCUCCUGCCCCUCCUUCCCCACUGACCUUGGUGUCUCCAGGUUGUCCCCUUCACAUGUUCUCACCUUCUCCUCUUCUCUGGCUGGAAUUGAAAUUGCUCUUGACUUUGUUUUGACUUCCUUCUUAAAUCACAGAGGUGUUACCAUCAUCUCUCAUUAGCCAGCCUUGGCCAGCAGCACGUCCAUUGUCAGAGCCACCAGAGAUUGGCUCUGCUGGACAUGAUGGAAGCUUCCAGCAGCUUCUCACAGAAGCCCCCUCUGUGCCCCCCUGCUACCAAAAAACAGGCCAUGCAAGACCAACACAUUCCACCUCAUGCCUCUGUGAAUCACAAAUUUAAGAAGAAAAUCAAAACAAAGUGGGCAUAGUUUGUUUGUUUUUUUCCUAGCCGGAGAAGUGGGGGAUGUGAGAACAUGUGAAGGAGACAACCUGGAGACAGCAAGGUCAGUGGGGAAGGAAGGGCAGGAGGUGCUCCAGGUGCCAGACCUGAGACUCCUCUGCAGGCUGUAAUGAGACCAUGGUGUGAAGUGUUUUCUCACAGUCCUUAUCUCAACUCAUGAACCCUUAAUUUAAUUUUUUCCCCUCCUCUGUGGCAGGGGAGGGUGAGUGAGUGACUUUUGUUGGUGCCUGGCAUUUGGCCAGUGUCAAAUCAUGGCAGACUGUCUCUGCUUCAGCCUUUCCUGUGUUAUCAGCUUCAUUCGGCUCAGCUUGGUAUAUCCACAUUCAGAGAAAUAUCAAGGAGCAAACUGGAAGUGCCAGAGGGAAUGUUUUGUCUUAUGCCCAAGAGGAUUUUGAUUCCCAUCCACUUCCAGGUGGGAAAGUUGGGAUGGUGUAAGAGCGUAUGAGUGCAAUGCAAGGUCUCUUCUAUCUAGGCUGCCCCACCUGUCAGCCAGCAAGUUUGCAGGAGUGUGUCCUGUUCCCAGUAGGGCAAUUCCCAGAGCAGAAAUACCAAAUCUAGUCCAGGCAAGGCAGAAGGGAUAUGAGCUGUGGGACCUUUGUCAGUUGCUGUGGCCCUGGAUCUCAUCCUAGUCAGGGGUUAAGGAAAAGAGUGCUGGGAACACCAAACUGGUGUUUAUUCCAAGGAAGGGUUUCCAUUUUUAGGAUGAGCCAUGUUUGCAGCAUGGACCAGAGAAACAUGAACGUGGUCUGUAUGACCCUUGUGGGCACAGGUGUGUCUGUCCCCGGGGCUGUGCCCUCCCUCCCAGCUUCUGCUCUGGCUUGGCUCAAACUGAGUCCAGUGAUUCUGUGACAGCUCAUGUCCCCUGUGCCUGCUGGAGGCUCCUGAAGAGCUUGACUCUCCAUCACAGAUGUGAGCAAAAGUCUGGGCAGGUGGGAAGCAGGACAGGAGGAAACAUGUUAUUGCUAAUGUUUAAAACAGUUUUCAGAAAUGCAAAAUAAAGCCCUCUCUCAAGCCA